AUGACGAAGAGAAGAAAAACUGAUUUUCGUGAGCUCAUGGGAAAAAAAAGUUCAAGUUGGCACGAGCGAAAAGAAAACGACGAUGAAGAAGAUAUUGUUGGCUAUCGCAAAACCAGAAGUGCAUGUUUGAGGAUUGGCAGACUUGAAAUGGAAUUACAAAUAUUUAUGUCUUUGUGGUUGCUUUCUACUUAUGCCUCACCCAUCAUAUCCACCCACUCAGAAGCUUUUUUCCUUGCUGCAACGUUGAAAAGCUUUUUAGUCGAUGUGAGCAGAAGAGAGUGA